GUUUUAAUGUCUAUGGUUCUGUCCCGCGUGGUGACUUGCUGGAACUAACCAGACUGGGAGCGACACUCAAAUCUCAACCGCCGCCGAUUUGGGUUUACUAAACCGGUGUAAAAAAAAUAACCAUAAAUAUUUUGAUGCGCUAGUUAGCAAGGUUGCUAACUAGCUUGAGAAAUUAUCACAUUAGUUCACUGUUUAGCCCUGUUAAGGGCCAACCUUUAGCACAUCAUUUUGAAUAAUAACGUUACCAUCAGAAACACAGAUUUUCGGAAGAGCCAAGAUGUCUGGGGAACUAGAACAGAUUCUCUUACAACUUACGCAGCCUGACAAUGCGAUUAUUCAGCAGGCCACCGCCCAGUUGAAGCUGGCUUUUAAAGACCCAGCCAUAAUCCCAGCGUUGUGUGCUGUCAUGACUGGGUCCCAGAACCCACAGAUCCGCCAGUCAGCUGCAGUGAUGUUGCGGAUGAGAGUAAAGAAGCAUUGGAAGAAGAUUAGCCUUGAUCACAGAGAGAGUCUGAAAGCAGUGGUACUACAAGCUUUUCAGCAGGAGACAGAACACACAGUGCGCCACUCCCUCUCACAGCUCAGUGCAGUGAUGGUCAAACACGAGACUCCAGACCGCUGGCCUGCUCUAUUCACACUCCUCAACCAGUCCACCAAGAGCAACAACCCAACGGACAGACAGGUGGGUCUACUCUUGCUCAGCAAAGUGGUGGAGUCCAACCCAGAGCCCUUCAAGCCCCAUUACCGCCAACUGCUGCAGCUGUUUGGCACCGUGCUGCAAGACCUGGACAACCCCACAGCUAUGUACUACUGCAUCCUCACCCUCACUGCUAUGACUGCCUACACUGGCACAGAGGAGAUGAACCUCAUGCGCGCCCUCAUCCCAAGACUGAUCAUUGCGCUCAAACACCUAAUCAAGGCAGACCAAGGUCAGGCCAGUGAUGCCAUGGAGGUGUUUGAUGAGCUGAUGGAGAGUGAGGUGUCCAUCAUUGUGCCACACAUUGCUGAAAUUGUCCAUUUCUGCUUGGAGGUCAGUGCAGACACCACCCUGACUGACUCCCUGCGUGUAAAGGCUCUUUCCUGCAUCGCUUUUCUCAUCCGACUCAAGAGCAAGACGGUGCUAAAGCAGAAGCUGCUGAAUCCCAUCCUGCAGACAGUGUUCCCUGUGCUGAGUGCAGCGCCCCCACCUGGGGAGGAGGACCCAGAGGAUGAGGAGAAUGGCGACGAGGGCGACACCGACAACGAGAGUCCUAAACACUUUGCUGCUCAGGUUAUUGACACCAUGGCUCUUCACAUGCCCCCAGAGAAACUAUUCCAGCAGCUGAUGCCCCUGACCCAGGUGUGCCUGGCCAGUGAGAACCCCUAUGAGAGGAAGGCAGGCUUGAUGUGUAUGGCAGUGCUGGCUGAGGGCUGUGCCGACCACAUACGGACCAAGUUGCUGUCCUCCAUGCUGCAGACGGUGUGCCAGAGUCUGUCAGACAAUAACCAGGUAGUCCGCAGCGCCGGCCUCUUUGCCCUGGGACAGUUCUCAGAGCACCUGCAGCCCGAGGUCAGUAAGUACUGUGCCGAGCUGAUGCCACUUUUGCUGGGCUACAUGUCGGCUUUGAACCAGGCCAAGAUCGGACACAUCACCAAGGCCUUCUACGCCCUGGAGAACUUCAUGGAAAACCUGGGUUCGGAGAUUGAGCCCUACCUGCCCACCCUGAUGGAGACCAUGUUGUCUGCCCUCAGCAAUGCAGAGAACCUGAAGCUAAAAGAGCUGGCUGUUAGUGCCAUAGGAGCUAUAGCCAAUGCAGCCAAAGAGAAGCUAGUUCCUUACUUCCCACCUGUUAUUGAGAGCCUGAAGGGCUUCCUCACUGACACAAGGGAUGAGAUGAGGGCUCUGCAAACACAGGCUCUAGAUACUCUGUCAGUGCUGGCCCGCACCAUAGGCAAGGAUGUGUUCAGCCCCCUGGCUGCAGAGUGUGUUCAGCUGGGACUCAACCUCACCAACGCCAUCGACGACCCCGACCUGCGGCGCUGCACGUACAGCCUGUUCUCGGCUGUGUCCACAGUGAGUCCAGACUGUCUGAGCCCCCACCUCACAGCUAUCACCACCAUCAUGCUGUUGUCCCUCAAGUCCACAGAGGGAGUUACGGCUCACCUUGAGGAGGACAAGACUUUUGUCCUGCUGGACGACGACGAUGAUGAUGAUGACGCCGAGGGAGAUGCCAUUUUGGAUGACGAGGGGGCCGACACCGUGGACCCAGACACAGCCGGGUUCAGUGUGGAAAACGCCUACAUUGACGAGAAGGAGGACGCCUGUGAUGCUCUGGGAGAGAUUGCCUUCAACACCGGUGCCACCUUCCAGCCCUUCCUGGAGUCCAGCUUUCAGCAGGUCUAUGAGCUGCGUGAUUUCCCCCACGAGGAUGUACGCAGGGCUGCCUUCGGGGCCAUGGGCCAGUUCUGCCGAGCUCAACAUAAAGUGUGGCAGGAGAAUCCCACUGAGGCCAACCACCAGGCCAUGCAGAAGCUGCUGGGGGUGGUGCUUCCCAGCUUCUUGGAGGCGGUGCGCGGUGAGCGUGAGCGCCAGGUGGUGAUGGGUGUGCUGGAGGCCAUGAAUGCCGUGCUGAAGGCCUGCCAGGGGGAAGCACUGCAGAGCCCCGGGCGCCUGCAGGAGAUCAGUCAGGCCAUCCGAGAUGUGCUCAAGAAGAGGACUGUCUGUCAGGACGGAGGAGGAGAUGAGGCAGAUGAUGACGAACAGCAGGCGGAGUAUGAUGCCAUGCUCCAGGAGUUUGCAGGUGAGGGGAUUCCUCUGCUGGCCUCCGCCGUACCAGCGGACACCUUCCAGCCCCAUCUCAACGAGCUGCUGCCCCUCAUCAUGAACAAGGCUAAAUCAUCGUGCACGGUGGCUGACCGUUCCUUCUCCGUGGGCACGCUUGGAGAGAUCCUGCAAUCCCUGGUCAGUGUGUCCGGGGGAAGAGCCUGUGCUGGUAAACUGUCCAAUCGGCUGCUGCCUGUGCUGGUUGCCGGGGUGAGAGACAGUGAUAGCGAGGUUCGCAACAACAGCGUGUUUGGACUGGGAGCUCUGGCCCAGGCUGCUGGACCACUCGUCGCUCAAGACUACCCCAUGAUGCUGUCCCUCUUCUCCAACCUGCUGUCCAAAGAACAGGACAGGAGGGUGAUUGACAAUCUGUGCGCUGCACUCUGCAGGAUGAUCAUGAGCCACAUGGAGGGUGUCCCUCUGGAACAGGUGUUCCCUGCCCUCCUGGCCUGCCUCCCUCUGAAGGAGGACAUGGAGGAGAAUAAGACUGUGUACAGCUGCCUGGCCAUGCUCUACUCACAGAACCCUGCAAUGGUGGUGAGUCAAAUUAAGCCAAUAGUAUCUGCUUCCAGCCACGUCCUGGGAACGAAGGACCUUGAUCCAGAAACCCAGAACACCCUGGUCAUGCUGCUCCGAGACGUCGCUCAGCGCCACUCCCAGAAAUUUGAGGGUGCCGUGAGGUCACUUCCUGCCGAGCAAAAGAUGAAGCUGACUGCGGCCGUCAGCCAAUCAUAACACACCACACCAAGCAACUAUUUCAUUCUCCAGUGAAAGCCAGUGAAAUGUAUUUUUUAUUUUUUACUAGAUGAAAAAUGGGACAGUAGUUGGGUCAUUCAAAUUUGCUAAACUCCGGCACUUGAACCAUUCUACUAUUGGUAGUAUUAUAAUUUUUCAGAGGUUGUACCCAGUAUUAACUUUUUUAUUUAUAUUGCCUGUUUUUAUUAUUUUAAUGAUUUCAUUUUGUGUGCGUCACCUGUGUGUUUUUUUUGUUGUCACUUGUUACCCUUGUUGUACCUGAGAGCCUCUUAUCUAUUUGCUGCUGUCCCCCUUUUGCCACAAAUUUGAUUAACUUCUGGCUUGGGCUAGUAUUGAGUAUGAAGCAAUGAACUGAACUCAUGAUAAAUGCCUUUUUUGCAGA